ACUUCCAGUCCGAAACAAAAGUCCAGAAAAGCUAUCAACAUCGCGCCAAGCCUUCUCCUUCAACCGCCACCAUCCACUUGAGCAACUCAGACACAAGCUAGCUACAAUGUCUGCACCAAGAAGAGAGUCCAGAUACCUCAGCCUGGGUCCCGUCACCGGCCCUCUCUGGGCAGAGCCAGCAUCUCCAACAUCCUCCUCCUCGCAAAGAUCUCCAUCACCACCAGAGACCAUCGAAGCAGUCAACAAGUCAACACGAUCAGGCAGCCAAUCCAGCACAUCUAGCGAAAGACUAAAAUUUCUUUCCAACGUCGACAAGCCGCAAGAGUAGUAGUUAAAAGAAUCUCUACACAUCUCACUUGACGGGCCAAGCCACCCAAACCUUGUCUAUUCAUCAGCCGGAAUGGCAAUCGCAAGCGUCCACGAGGGUUUUCUAUGGGAUAGUGUUUCAUGUCGUUGGGGAAGGUUGCGCAGGGGAAGCUGCAUAGUCAGGGCCAGAACGGUCUUUGCGUUUCAAUUUUGUUUUUUGUGUAUGAGCGCUGCGAGUCGCGGAGGAUGAUAAAAGCAAAGCAUUGUACUGUAUGUAUGUACCUUGUAUGGUAGUCUGACAUCUUACCUAUUUGGUCGAAUGCAUAUGUCGUGCCCCGUUUCGAGGCAAUGACGAAGG